AUGGUGAGUCUUCACGGCAAAUCGGGUAAAAUGAAACGAAAACCAACAAAAGUGUUGAAGAAAAAACAAAAGAAAGUGAAAAAAGUAAAAACUCUCAGCUUAGUCGACAAAACAGACGAUGAAGUUCUACGCAAAAACACUAAAGCGAAUGCCAAGAAGAUCCUUUUGGAUGCUGAUAAACCGAAGAAGAAGCGGCCCCGAACAGUCUCUUCGGGUUCGUCGGUUUGCCAGGAGGAAUCGAUCGGUGAGAAAAAGAAACGUGUUUCGUUUGCAAAACAAUUGGAAAGCACCAAUGAUGAGGAGGAAAUCAGCAAAGAUAUCUGCUCGGACGAGGUAAUAUCAAUUAAGAAGAAGGUCACGACGAACGCGUCACCCGGUAAAAGUAUACUGGCAAGAAAAGUGAAGGCGACGAAGAAGGCGAAAUCGAAGCUGACUAGCUCUCCAUCGUCCGGAAAAGAGGACAAAGAGAAUUCAAUGGACACGACCAGUCCUCCGGAUCAGGAAAAAGUCGUGGUUCAACACAGCAUAACCAAAUCACCCCCAGAGGCUGACCAAACGAUGAACGAGUCAAAAUCAACAAACGGAAUGGAGAUGGAAGUUUCACCGAAGGCAAAAAAGAAGCAUCCGGAUGAUAAGAAGAUGAAAAUACUCAGUGGUGGUGGAGUGGAGAAAGUUAAGAAACAUACGAAAAUACAGUUGGUCUUUCUUGUUCUUUCUUGUUUCGGUGGAUAA